AUGGAGACAGGAAGCAUUGAAAAAACUAAUAUGGAAAAUGAUCUUUAUUUACCACAGACAGAUUCAUUCUGGGAAAUUGGCAAAUACAAUCGAGCAGUAAAACGGUGUGAUGAUGGAAAUAAGUUAACAUCUGAUCUGAUUAGUAUGCUCAAUGAAAGAGCUGAGCUUGAAAAAGCAUUUUCGAAAAUGCUUAAAAGUUGGUCGAAAAAAUGGUCUGAUUAUGUGGCCAAAUCAUCGGAAUUUGGGUCAAUGACAACAGCUUGGAAGGCAAUAAUGGGCGAAGCUGAUGCAUCAGCUGAAAUUCAUCAAUCAGUUAAUGAUGAACUACAAAAUGAUUUAAUACCAGCAAUAAAAUCAUGGCAAAAAACAAAAUAUGUUAAAUCUAUGAUGCAUAUUAAACCAACUAAAGAUUUCGAUGAAGAAUUUAAACGAGCACAAAAACCAUGGGCUAAAUUAUAUGUUAAGGUUGAUAAAUACAAACGUGACUAUCAUACGGCAACAAAAAAUCUUAAAAUGGCCGAAACACAAGAAAGUAAUUCGAAGCUUGAUGGAUCUGUACCAUUGGAUCAACGCGCUAAAGCAACAGAAAAACUUGACAAGUGCCGAAAAGAAAAAGAAGCAGCUAAAACUAAAUAUAAUGAAGGUCUUCAAGAACUUAAUCGAGCGAAUCCAAAAUAUAUGGAUGAUAUGAACGAUGUUUUCUCCCGGUGUCAAACAUUUGAAAAAGAUCGUCUUGUUAAAUUUCGAGAAUUCUUCGGUGCCACUGAAAAAUGUCUUGAUCUAAGCCAUCGAUUACAAUCAGCAAAUUUUCAACAAUUUUCUCAAAUUAUUAAAAAUUGCGAUGCUGAUAAAGAUUUAAUAUGGUGGUCGGAAAUAUAUGGUGCCGGUAUGAAAAUGAAUUGGCCUACAUUUGAGGAAUCAACAAAUCUAGUUCAUCAGCAACAACAAAAUCGUUUUUCUCAUUGUGCUAAUGAUUUAUCAAUGGGUAAUGAUACGUAUAAUCGUCGACAAUUAGCACAUUUUGUUAGUCAAACAAGUGCGACUGUUGCAUAUGAUACACGAGUAUUGGUUGUCGAUUCUUAUGCAACUAUUCGUCGAUCGAUGCGACGAACAGCUGCUGUUGUUACACGCGUUCGUCGAGAUCUUGCCAAGCGUGAAGAAUAUACGGAAGCACAACGUACACUUUCUCGUCGUGCUAAAGGCGAUCUUGACAAAGAAAAUCCAGUUGUUGUCACGGCUAUUCGAUCAAAUACUAAUCCAUCAUCAAAUAUUGCACCCGUUGAUAAUCGAUCAUCAACUAACAAUGCUGCAUACAACGAAGAGGCUGAGUCAGCAUCAGCUUUGCCCUAUACGGCGGCCUAUCAACCGACUUCAGCUCCACCUGACGUAUCACCCAGUUGGGCCGCUAAUUCUUGGACAAAUGAUUAUGGAGCAGGCACAAGUAAUAAUGGUCAUUCAUCGUUACCAGCAUAUCCAACAAAUAGCAUACCAGCUUACCAAACAUCAUAUCCACCAACAGCAAAUCCAUUUUAUGAAGAGGAUGAUAUAAAUAACGGAGAUUCAUUAUCAUCAUCUCAUCAACCGUUGCAUCAAUCACCAACAUCAGCAGAAGGUUCUUCACUUGAUAGUAGUGCCGGUGUAUCUGUUCGAGCUCUGUAUGAUUAUGAUGCACAAGAGGAAGAUGAACUCUCAUUUAAACAAGGUGAUAUAUUUACAAAAAUAGAAGAUGAAGAUGAUCAAGGUUGGUGUAAAGGACGUGUUGGUAAUCGAAUAGGCCUUUACCCGGCUACUUAUGUCGAAUCCCUCUAA